UUGUUCUGUAUUUCAGGCGAUUCGAUUUCUCUUUGUGUUCGCAAGUUGUUACCACAGUGGAGAUCGCUGGCUAAGCCGUAUGAAUUUCCACCUUUCGUAGCCCUCCUAACCAAAAUCAACGAGUAUUUGAAUCGGACGGCUAUUGUUAGCACUAUUGCUGGGGAGUAUUCAAAAGACAGUGUUCUUGGCACGAUUGCGAGAGCAGUCAUGGAUCCUCCUUUCCCGAAUCCAUCAGGCCCACUCUCCUCUCCAGUUUUCUCAAAAACUGUGAAAGUUACUCCUCCUACGCUACGUAUUCGGAUCUUGGCGAAUUAUGGUGUUUUAUUUGGAUUUUUCAUCAUUUUCCUGUUUGCCCGAUACGGGAUCUGGGCUCUGAUUCCAGUGUUGCUAACAUCGUUUAUUUGUGCAAUGUUCUGCCUUGCAGCCGAGGAUCUCUGA